CCAUGUCGCGGCAAGACGGUGAGGGGAUGCCCUACCUGCUGCUGUGGCUGGCGCUGUGGGGGCUGUGGCGCGGCGCUGGCGCCCUGCCCUCCCUCGGGGCGGCUCUGCCCUUCGGCCGGAGUACGGCGGCGGCCUGCAGCCCGCGCUGCCAGCACGGCGGGCUCUGCCUCGGCAACGGCACCUGCCUCUGCUCCAAGGGCUACGAGGGCGACCUCUGCCAGCACGCAACAUGUUACCCAAAAUGCAAAAAUGGUGGGGAGUGCCUCAGACCUGGAAAAUGUAGAUGUCCACCUGGCUAUGGGGGUAGAUACUGUCAUAAGGUGAGCUGUGAAGGAGGCUGUCAAAAUGGUGGGGAAUGCAUCUCUGUUAAUGGAGUUGUGAAGUGCCUUUGUGCUUCUGGCUGGACAGGAUCAAGAUGCCAAGAAGCAAUAUGUCCUCAAGGUUGUCGAAAUAAUGGAGCUUGUGUGGCUCCUGGAAUUUGUAGCUGUCCAGCUGGAUGGGUGGGUGGAGCAUGUCACUUAGCUGUAUGCAAACUACCUUGUCAGCAUGGAGGAAAAUGCAUAGCUCCAAACGUGUGUAGGUGUCGAGUGCCAUACUCUGGUCUGCAGUGCACAAAGAAAAGGAAGGAAUGAAGCAACUUCAGCAAAGAUAAGCUGCAUUUUCAUCAUCUAACUCUUCAUACAGAGAUGAAGUCUGCAGCAGAGCGUGGGGAGCCAUAAAACAAACGUGGUAGCUGAUUGAUUUUGGAUAGCUUUUUGUCUUCAGUACGUUAAGUAAAUGCUUUUCUGUGUGGAAGAACAGAUUGUAACAGAGCUGACACUUAAACAAGUGUCCAAGUGUGUGUAGUGUGUGACACAUUUUCUUCUUUCUUU